AGGGGACCUUCAGAGGUCACUGCCUAUAACUUCCUAACAGCAAGUACUAGCUGUACAAUUCAGCAGGCCUGUGAGCAGAAUUCAGUGGGUAAAAAGAACAGAAACUUUGCCAGGGGACUAAGACAGACUAUCAUCAAGGGAUGCAGCACUACGAAAUUCUAUUGCAUAGCUAACUGUCAGAUUUUGUUUGAGGAAUUUUCCAACAAACUCUAUUUGGCAGCCCAUUCUGAAAGUCAGACUGUUGUCUUAGAACACUUGCUCGAGUUGCACUGAAGUCACAAAUUUGUGCUGUGACGGAUUACUGCAGUGUCCUUCCUCUAGGAUAGAGGUCAUCCCUAUUGUAUACAAUGGCAGCAGUGGACAGUUUCCAAUUACUGUACAGACAGAUUGCCAGGACAUGUAAUACCUACAUAGAUGCACUAGCCAUUGUGGGAGCAUGGUACGUGACAAGGAAAAGCAUCUGCCUUAUCUGUGAUUUCUACAGCAUUAUCCGACUACAUUUCAUCCCGAGACUGGUAAGCAGAAGAGACCUGCUGAAACACUUCGGCAAAUGGGCAUUGGUGACUGGUGGAACAGAUGGGAUUGGCAAGGCCUAUGCCGAGGAGUUGGCUAGCGAAGGCAUUAAUCUGAUUCUCAUUAGCCAUGACCGAAGCAAACUGGAAGCUACAGCCACAGCCAUUUCAGCGAUGUAUAAUGUUGAAACCAUUAUAAUAGAAGCUGAUUUUACCAAAGGACGAGAGAUAUAUCAGCCAAUCCGAGAAACCGUGGAGGAUAAAGAAAUAGGCAUCCUCGUGAAUAGUGUGGAUGUGCCCUAUGAUCACCCACAGUCUUUUUUAAACAUAUCUGAGGACAAACUCUGGGAUCUCAUAAAUGUAAAUAUUGCUGCAACCAACAUGAUGAUCCAUAUUUUGUUACCAGGAAUGAUACAGAGGAGGAAGGGAGCUAUUGUUAACAUUUCCUCAGGGUCUUGCUGUAAGCCCACACCGCAGAUGGCCACAUAUUCAAGUGUUAAGACUUAUUUGGACCAUUUUAGUCGAGCUUUGCACUUUGAAUAUGCAUCUAAAGGAAUCUUUGUUCAGAGCUUGUUGCCAUUUUACAUAAAAACCAACACAGCCACAUACACCGAUGGAUUGUGCAUCUACUCCUGGAUAGCACCAUCAGCUAAUGUAUAUGCACGCCAUGCAAUUUCUACCCUUGGAAUAUCCCACAGGACUGCUGGUUACUGGAUGCAUUCAAUACAGUUUUUAUUUGCCCAGUACAUGCCUGAAUGGCUGUGGGUGUGGGGAGCUACUCAGAUGAACAACAGGUUGUAUGCUGCCUUUCUGCAGAAAUCAUAACCCAAAGACAUAUUGGCUGGCAGCAAACCUUUCAACACCCUGUGAGCAGGAUGAAAUAAUAUAGUGUUGUUUGUGACCAUAGAAGAUUUCUAUUGCAUAAUCACUUCACUCUGAAACCUACUUAAUGGGAAGCGACACGGACAAGCAUCUAACAACGUUAUAUCACUUGUAUAUCUUCGAAACGCUCAAAAUCAAAAUACUGUAUGUACCAAUAACAUCAGUACAGGUAUCUUUAUUGCCACCCACACCUGAUGCACCUAUAUAAAUGAUUUCAUUUUUAAAUCUACAAAAAGCUAGUUGCCUCAAUGAGUUAAUCCAGUAAAUUGAUGAAUCAUACCAGUUCAGAGAAAAUCCAAACAGUAUUUGUAAGCAAAAUGUGAAUUCCUUUUGCGCCAGAGAACCACCAAAAUUCUAACUGGAUCCAGCUAUAAAAGCAGUUCUGCAUGGAAUAACAGUGCUGAAAUAUCCUGAAGAAAACUAAAAGCCACCGAUAACUAUUGAAAAGAUUGAAGCACACAUUGUACUUCUAUUCAUCCCCAGCAAUAUCCAAUUUAAAAUAUAUAUUUUAAACUUCUGAUUUGAAAAUAUGAAGAAUUACAGGUUUGUAUUCUGUUUUUGAAGAAACAUGAAUUCAUGAAUUUCCUGAUUACCUAUUGAGUAUUCUCUCUCGUACAUUCAGACACUUGCCAUAUUUAUUUCACUUAUGUAUCUACAUAUAUGACAAACAAUGCCAAGAAAUUAGUUAUCAGACUAUAAACUAUUAAAAAGUUUCACAAUGCUAUUCACUGGCUUUGCUCUUCAGCUUAUAAGUGAACUUCAGUUUGCCUACAGUCUUCUAUCUUUUCUGGGCAUCAUUGUGCAUAUGAAAUUUUUUAUAUAUAGUCAAUAUAUUUACUAUUUUUGUGCAUUAACUUUCUUAUUAUUGUCAAAGUUUCAUAUUGAUCUGCGGCUAAAUGUUCAUAGGAGUUGUACUAGCUCAGUGAUAUAGCAAGUUUUGAAUAUAAGCAUUUAAUGCUGUGCAGGACACUCCUUAAGUGUUAAACUAUAACACGUUAAAAUUGUGUAUUGCAUUAUCACAACUGGGUGAGGUAUGCCCUUCAACCCAUUUGAUCACAUCCUCCUAGAAUGCCAAUCUUACUGGCUUCUCACAACUUCUAGCAUUGUUGUCGGCUAAAUACUUGUUCAUGCUCAUUUGUGUCUUACUAAGUAGAAUUUGUAUGUUGUUUAACAGUAAUGUGAGGUAAGGUGCUCUAAUUAUAGUUUAAGGUUUUAUGGUACACUUUUGUUUUAAAUGAUCUGCUAUCCUGAAAUGUCUGCAACUCUAUCUUAUUGAUGUUCUGGUGUGAUAUUUGUAGCAACUAACUGGAAUACAUUAAAAUAUACAUUGACUGCAAAAA